AUCUCUGAUACCCCCGUAAUCGCCUUAUUAUCGUGUGCCUAGAGUGGCUGCGGCGUGAGGUGUUGUUCUUCUAGAGACUCUACAUCAGACGGCUCGGUAACAUGGCGCUGGAACCGGCAGUAUUCCAUGGCCGGUAACAAUGCUUGGGAUGGAUAAUGUUCCCAGGGAGACCAGUAAAAUCACAAUCGUUCCCCUCAUUGCCGGCCAGACCCGACCCAGCUAUCAUCUUACUCCCGCGACGAAAUGGAUGAAUGACCCCCAACGCCCCUUCUUUCAAGGAGGCGAAUGGCAUCUCUAUUACCUCUGGAAUUCCAACUGGGACAAAUCCGAUCCCGGCUCGGGCGGAACAGAAUGGUACCAUGUCACUAGUAGUGACCUGGUGCAAUGGACUGCUCGAGGUGUAGCAAUCCGGAAGUACCAACCUAACCCUCCCGGGGGUGCCAUCUUGGGUGACAUCGAGACCGGCAGCUCCGUGAUUGAUACAGCCAACUCAGCCGGCUUUGGACAUAACGCUGUUGUCGCUGUCCUCACGCAGAUGCAAGACGGUAUGCAACAGCAGUCCCUUUUCUAUUCCAACGAUGCCGGAUAUACAUUUACCGCCUACCAUGGCAAUCCCGUAAUGCCAAACCCCAACCCAAGCGCCAAACCAGCCUUUCGAGACCCCAAACUCUUCUGGGACGACACAGCAGGGCAUUGGGUCGCGGCGGUGGCAGAAGGAGACAAGAUUGGGUUCUAUACAUCAGCAAAUCUCAAGAGUUGGACCUAUGUCUCAGGAUUCUACCCCCCUGGUGUGGAUCUGGGUACACUCGAGUGUCCAGAUGUAUAUCAGAUUGAUCUUGAUGGUAACCCGGCGUCACGCGUCUGGAUUCUCGCUGUGGGCGCAAAUGGCUAUCUGGAAGAAAAGACAACAGGGACAGCCUACUGGGCUGGAACUUGGGACGGGACCCGUUUCACAGCCACGACCAGCCAUCGGUGGAUGGAUGAAGGUUCCGACUUUUACGCCACGGUUAGCUGGGAGAACCCGAGCAACAGAUAUGGCAGCCGUUAUGCUAUUGCUUGGAUGAACAAUUGGGAGUAUGCAUCGACCUUGCCUUAUUACGGCGGCUUUGAAGGCCAGAUGAGUUUAGUACGCGAGGUGAAAUACCGCACGAUUAACGGCACUCCCGCCCUGGUCAACGUCCCAAUUCCCGAGUAUGCGGCGAGCUUCGCAAGCCCUUUCUUGGUUACCGGGACGACCAUUACCACAGAUCCGGCGACGGCAUCGCUUCCUUCCAAUCUCGCCGGAGGUGCCUAUGUCAUUCGAGCAACGGUCACCAAAGCCGGUGGUGAUGAUGGUAACAGGGUCUCCUUCCGUAUCAAAUCCGAUGGAAGGUUCAACACAACCAUCGGUUAUGACUUUUCCAAUUCCCAGGUAUUUUUGGAUAGAAGCUCUGACGGAUCCGAUUCGGAUACAUUGGCAUCGGGGCCCAAGGCAGUUUGGGAUGCUGUACGGACUGCAACAAAUCCUUCCGGUGGGAGCACAGUCGAACUGGCGAUCUAUGUAGAUCAGAAUUCGGUUGAGACGUUUGUGAACGAUGAAGGGAUCACGGUGUUGUCGGGGCUCAUCUACCCCAAUCAAGGCGCAGAGGGGAUUGAAGUUGUGUCAAGUGGCGGAAAGUUGACUUUGACUUCAUUUAGCUAUGCUAGCUACGCAAGCUAG